AAUAUCAUACAUAUUGUUAUACCUACCAAUCUAUACGACUGUAGUUAUACUAUACGCUAUAGUAGUUUAUAAAACAAAAUAAAAUAUAAUAUAUUUGAAAACGUUUAUUUAAUGUUUUUUUUUUACUAAUUUAUUAACUAUUGUUGUUUAACGCAAACUGCAGUGCUAUAUACUAUGUCUACCCCAGAAGACAAUGAAAACCCGUUGGAGGAAAAUACAAAUCCAGAAGAAAAAUCUGACACGAUCGAAAAUGACUUGCCCUUGGAAAAAUUAUUAAAAUUAUCAAAAUCAUUCAAAACUGGCGUUGAUACUAAUUUACAUAAAUUUAAGGAAGAAAAAAUGUCUAUGAUAAACGAAAUGUCUAGUAUGAGUUGUACAGUAAUACCCAAUGAAAAACAUAUUGAGACAAAUGGUUUUUCUGAAAACCUUUCACUAAAUAAAUAUAAUAAUGAGACUUCAGAAGAUUUGUUGUUGGGGAAAAAUUGUAAGAUACUUAGUAUUUCAAAACAAGAAUUAGAGUCAUCUGAUGCCCAAACCAAUAAAAACGAAAUCAAAAAUGAUUUGCUGAGAAGAGAAAACGAUUGUAUGAACACGCCAUCUACACAGGAUAAAAUUAGUGAGCUGCAUCAAAUGUUAAACUUUGACCAAACUAAUAAUGGAAAAACGAAUUAUUUAAAGAAGAUCCUUGAAUUAGAAAACAAAUGCCAAUAUUGGAUGGAUAAAUAUGAUGAAUUACACGAAAAAUACUUGCGACUGGAAUCCAAACGUAUACGCAUCGAAAAAGAAAAUUGUGAUUAUCAGAUGGAAAUAUCAAGAGUCAAAAUGAUUGAAAAUGAAAACUCUCGUCUUCACCAAGCAAUAGAUAAAUCCAAUCGUGUUCGUAAAGAAUUAGAAGUCGCACUAGAAUCAUGCCACGAAGUUAUUUAUAAAUAUCAAACGGAUGUAGAAGUCGCUAGGUAUAAAGUUAAAGAAGCACUCGAAAUGGUAGAAAAAACCUAUUCAGAAAAAGAUAAGCUUGUGACAGAUUUACAACAAUCAACUGAAAAAAUAGUCAAAUUAGAAAAUGAGUUAACAAAUUUAAUACAAGAAGCAGGUACAAAAGUCAGUUUGGAAGUGGAGAAGGUGAAAGCUAUGUACAAAGAUAAAUUACGUGAGGCUAAUGUCGAAAUCGAGUUUCUACGUACGGAAAAGCAGAUCAUGUCUAAUAAAACCCAACAGAUAUCAAAAGAAUAUGAAACUAUAAAUAAGAAAUAUACAUCUAUCAAUCAGAAGUUGUUGAAUGAACCAGAUGUAUAUGCAAAGAAAGUGGUGAUGCUUGCCCAACAAAUCAAAGAAUACGAAGUCACGUUCAACAAUUUAAUAGCAGAUGUCGAAGUUCUAAAAGAAACAAAUAGGCAACUCCAAGAGAGUUAUGCGAGAAAAAAAACUAAAUAUGUAAUGGAAAUAACAUUUUUAAAGGAUACAACGAAAUCACUGGAAAAUCAUUUAAACAAAGCAAUACAUGAAAUAUCUGAGAACAAUGGAAUCAUUUUGGAAUCAUCAAAUAGAAUAAAGACAUUGGAAUUGGAAAUUAGUAAAUUGUAAGAAUAAUAUAGUUAACUCUGAACAGGUAUCUAUAACAUUAAAGAAGUGAUAUAAACAGAUUUUGUUAUAUUUGUAUGAAAAAUUACAUUAAUACAACAUUUUUUUAAAUAUAUACCUAUAUAAUGAAUAUGUACAUAUUUAACGUUGGUCUUAUAGAACAAUAUUAAAAAAAUGUCCCACUACAGUUUCAUGAAUCAUGAUUUAAAGAAAAUUUAAAACAGAAAUAUAAAAUAGAUUAAUAUUUAUCAAAAACUAAAAACAAAAAUUUUUAAAAAGUUAUAGUUAACUAUAACUCUUGUUUUGAUGCAUAGGGAAGUUAGCGCCUUCCGUGUUUCACGUUCAAUGCACAUUUUAUACAUAAAACUAUGAGAAAAAACUUAAUAAUAUAUUCUUAAAUGAAAACAUUAUUUUUGUAGGAAACGACCUGAAGACAAUUUUGAACAGAAAGAAAUGCAAAUUAACGAACUUAUAGAACACGUUGAAGCACAAAAACAAAUGGUAGAAAUGUAAGAUGAUUUAUAUUAACAUAUUAAUAAAACGAUCUUUGAGAGGUACUGACCUACAUACAUUUAGGAAUAACUAAAAUUUGUUUUUAGGAAUAGUAGAAAUCAUAAGUAGUAAUUUAUUUCUAAUGCAUAGUUAAAAUAACUUGGUAGUUAUAGAGGCGCCUACCUAAUUAUUAAUUAAUAUCAAUAAUAAUAAUACACAAAUUUCAAACUAAAUUUGCUUAAAUUCUAAACAAAAUUAUAGGUGGAGAAUAGAGAUGCACAAUAUGAUUGAAGGAUUUAAACACAAAAUCAAUGAACUCAAACAUAACUGUAGUAAACUUUAUAA